CAUACAUUCAAUUACCUGACAUAAAUGGAGAGAAGGAAAGAAAGCAAAGACGUACAAAGACAUCUUUGGAGAGUUGCAAGAGCAAAUCUGAUUUUUUACUUCUGUGUAGAAAGUUUUAACCUCUUGUAUUUAAUUUAUUCAAAUAAGGCUGGCUUUUGCUCCUCCAACCAGGAGCUAUCGCUGACACUCAGAAAAACUUAGAGCUUCCCCUAAUUUAUGGCAAACAUCUGGCUAAAGAAAACAUGAGAUAAGACCUCACAGAAUAGCCGUUGGAAUGCGGGGGCCUCUUCCUACCAUAAAUUCUCCGGAACAAACUUAAAUUCAGUAAUCUGGUUCAAGGAAAGGUUAUCUUCACAAACUUGUUCAAAGUUAAGAAAUAUGUUCAAAAUGAGAGUGCUCAACAUACCUUUUACACAUGCCAUAAGAUUAACUGUAUUAAAAACUAAAAAUAAUCAUUUUUCUUUAACAGUAAACUGAAAAAACUUGUUCGUCGACCACAAAACCCUGUCCACCAACUCGUCAGGCGCAUCCAUGAGAAGCAGAAAGUGGCAAGCAAAAAGUCCACACCAGUGUUUACGCCACUGAAACAGCUACACUUUUCUGGACCAAUGAUUAAUUCAGUUGGUACUUGGGAACAGUAUAGAUCGUACAAUGAUGGACAGACACUGAUCUCCUGUUCUCGUGGCAACAACAGUUUUUUUGUUGGGGGAACUGUUGUUGUUGUGCAAAACAUAUUGUCACAUUCCGGAACCGUUAAAGUACUGUGUAAUUCCUUUGAAAAUGCCCAACCGUUUUUCACCUAUCCAAUGGACUCCUCAGUUGUUGGAAUUCUUUUUGUCUUCAAUUUAUCUGAACACUUGCAGCUACAACCUGUGGAGGACUUAAAAACAAAAAUGUUUCUGUUACCACACAAGACUGGAUAUUUGGCAUUGCCACUUUUGCACUAGUGUGCAACCUAUUUGUUUUUGUUUUUAAUUUGUUGUUAUGCAUGUAUAUAUUUCUAUUGAUGUGUAUUUUUUUAAGUAUAUUGCCUUUUGCAAUUGUUGAUUUUGAAAAUGGUGGAGGAUUGGCAGUGAUCCCGACCAAAUGGUUUAUCGGGCCUGAGGAGGAUGAAUGCUACUGGCCACCAGCAAGAGUUAACAUUGCCAAGGCGGUCAUAGACCAACAGGACCCACACUCUGACUGGGCAACCUUCAAGUUGACUGUCAAGAGAAAAGCAGCCACAUACGAGAUAGCCCGUAUAAAAUUGGUUGAGUUUGAACAGAACACAUACGACCCGACAGAGUCUGAUUCUGCGGAGAACAUGGGAAGGGGGAAGCGCAAAAAUAGGUCUGCGCUGACACCACCUCUGCCUCCAUCCUCCCUCAGGUCUGUGCUGACGCCUCCUCUGCCUCCAUCCACCCACACGCCUACACCUUCACUACCUCCAUUCACCCACAGGUCUGUGCUGACGCCUCCUCUGCCUUCAUCCACCAACACGCCUACACCUCCACUACCUCCAUUCACCCACAGGUCUGUGCUGAUGCCUCCAUUGCCGUCAUCCACCCAGAGGCCUACACCUCCUCUGCUUCCUGCCACCCAGAGUUCCACCCUGACACCUCCUCUGCCUCCAGCCCCCCUCAGGUCAGCCAUGUCAACACACGAAUCCCUGCAAAUGCAAAUAAGGGACAACGUCCUUUUUCACAUCCUGAAAGUCCUUGAGGAAGUCAAAGAAACCCUAAGAGUUCAUGGAAGGAUGCUACAAACCAUGGCACAGCGUGGCAACAGUGGUGACACCCUUUCUAUCAUCCCAGAUGGUUUCCCCCUAAAGACAGUUGGGGAGGUCGAGGUAAUGGAGGAAAAACUGUCUGACCCAAGCUUCAUGUCUGAACUGGUCACAGCAGUGGCAGACAUUGGAGGGAGCACUGUGGAUGACGCCACAAGAUGUAUGAUGGUCUUUAUCAUGGACCAUGACCUUUCCAGACAGUAUAACUUUGUGGGCCGGAAUGGAAAGCGGGAGUUCAGGACUUUAAAGCUGUUUGAAGUCAUAUUUGUUCCUGCAGGAGCUUUAAAGAAGAAUGCCUUAACCAGCCAGAUCACCAGGAAGGAUGUGGAGAGGGCAGUUUCCAAAUGGCUGAUUGGAUCAAGGGACAGGGGAGGCAAUAGACAGGCCAGACAGGUCCCUCAAGUCCCUCCUUCUCCCUCCUUUUCCCACUAGAUCCACUUCUUGCUCAUCGGAAGAACAUUUGUUAUGGGACCUUUUUUUUUUUUUUCUUGAUGUAUAACACUUUCUCAACUUGUUAUAAUCUGUAUUAUAUUGUGUGUGUAUUAUGCAUCUGAUUUAAUCGUUAAAAUACUUAUUCCAUUUGACUUAAUAAAAAAAAGCUUGAAUAA